GCCACAUACCAACACACACACACAGUGAUUCAAGGAUAUACACAUGUUGAAAGCACUUUGUAAACAAAAGUGCACACAAACAGUGAAGGUAGUGUUCAAACCUCAGGGUGACUCAGUUUUGUUUUUUUUUCCUGACAUUGGCUUGAGGAGGAAGUGACAGGUGGACAAGGAAGCGCUAAGGAGCUAAGAGCAGGAGGCGAUCAGGCUGACAGUCAGCCCGCAUGGAAGGCGCUGCAUAGCAAACUGGAAUCAUAUGUAGCACACUGAGGCUGCAGCAGGGAAGCUCUCAGUGGACAGCUUGCUGCAGAUGUCCAGCUCUGAGCUGCAGGACAUGAUGAGACGCCUAAGCUCCAACUCAGAGGAUCGCUCUCGCCUCACUACUGCUCUCUCCUGUCUAAAGAGUGUUAAUGAAACAGGAGGUGAUCUGAGGCAUAACUCAGGCUCCUGCAGUUCUGAGUCACAACAGGACAGCAGUCCCUUUUCUCCUAUUAGACCCUCUUUAAGCUCUGGUAGCCCUUUUACCUCAUUAAAACCCAACAGCAAUCAUGGCCGCUCCAUCUCUAUAUCAGUGGUACCCUGUUCAGAUGACCAGAGACCAACUGUACCAGCUGAGAACAUGAGUGAUCCGUUCUCUUUGGAAUCAAGCACCCCUUCGCUAACACAGGUCUCAAAGACCCACACGUUCAAGUCCUCCCACACACCACCACCACCCUCUCGCAAACUGUUGCAACUGCUUCCCAAUAUUGCACUGACGAAAAACAAGAGUCAUGACUCACAGCCGACCAACCGCAACGAGGAUCCUGGGACACACAAGGCCUGUAAGAAGAAUAAAGUGUUGGCUGCUAUUCAGAUCAACGGCUCUGGGAUCGGUCCUGAAGAUUCAGCUCUAAGAUCACCUCUGCUGUCUGCCCAAACACCUGGCCCUGUCCCAGCCUCAGCUCCAUACAUGAUGCCCGCCGCCCCCAUCUUACUGGACAAUCUAGCCAUGCAGAGAAGUUCCCCCCAUACAAUAAGAAGAGACAUUGGCCUGGCUGUAACCCACAGGUUUUCGACUAAGUCCUGGCUCUCCCAAACAUGUCAAGUUUGUUCUAAGAGCAUGAUGUUUGGUGUCAAGUGUAAACACUGCAAGUUAAAGUGCCAUAACAAGUGUACCAAAGAUGCACCUUCAUGUCGGAUAUCAUUUGCUACAUUGCCAAGGAUGCGUAGGGCAGAAUCGGUACCAUCAGACAUCAACAAUCGGAUUGAUCACACAGCCGAAGUCUCAGUGCAGUUUGGCACCUUACCAAAGGCACUAACCAAAAGGGACCCUGUCCCCAGUAUUAACCAGCUGGAAUCCAGCAGUAACCCGUCAUCAGCCACCUCUUCCACACCUUCCUCUCCAGCACAUUUCCAGCAGAGUAACCCUCCAAGCGUAAGUGCCACCCCCCCACCUAACCCAUCACCACAGAGCUCCUGGGACAACCGCUUCAACUUCCCAGAUGUUCCUGCCUCCACAUACAGCGCUCAGCAUUCUGGCAGUCACAAUGAGUCUGGGGUGUCACUGAUGGUGAUUACUGAGACACAAAUAACAGCCGCAGAACAGGGACUGGAAGAGGAAGGAGAGGAAGAUUACACAGCUAUGGAUAAAGAAGGAGCUGACCAGACUGACACAAAAAAGAGUUAUUCCAAGGGAGAGUAUGAUGAAGAUGGUCUGGAUGAUCUGCCCUCUUCUAUAUGCCGCCGUCAGGCUAUUGGCCGUUCUGGGGUCCCCAUCUCUCGUAAGGUCAGCCAGACCAGUGUCUACCUCCAGGAGUGGGACAUCCCGUAUGAGCAACUACAGCUGGGAGAGCUUAUUGGAAAGGGUCGCUGGGGUAAGGUGCAUAAAGGUCGCUGGCAUGGUGAGGUGGCUAUUCGCCUUCUAGAGAUUGAUGGCAACAACCAGGAUCAUCUGAAAGUCUUCAAAAAAGAGGUUAUGAACUACAGGCAGACCAGGCACGAGAACGUCAUCCUGUUCAUGGGCGCAUGCAUGGCUCCUCCUCAUCUUGCUAUUAUCACCAGUUUCUGUAAGGGUCUGACUCUAUAUUCUGUUGUAAGAGAAAGAGGUCACCUGCUGGACAUAAAUAAAACCAGACAGAUUGCACAGGAAAUCGUUAAGGGAAUGGGUUAUCUUCAUGCCAAAGGCAUCAUUCACAAGGAUCUGAAGUCCAAGAAUGUGUUCUAUGACACAAACAAGGUGGUGAUUACAGACUUUGGCCUGUUUGGAAUGUCUGGUGUGGUACAAGAAGGCAGAAGAAAGAAUGUGCUGCGGAUACCACAGGGCUGGAUCUGCUACCUGGCUCCAGAAAUUGUUCGAAAAUUGAGCCCAGAGGUUGAUGAGGACCAGCUGCCUUUCUCCAAAGCUGCUGAUAUUUAUGCUUUUGGCACAAUCUGGUAUGAGCUGCAGAUGAGAGAUUGGCCAAUUACCAACCAGCCUGUGGAAACUAUAAUCUGGCUAGUGGGUCGUAAUGAAGGCAUUAAGAAUGUGCUGUUAGAGUCCAAUCUGGGCAAGGAGGUCACGGAGAUCCUGUCUGCCUGCUGGUCCCUUACGGCAGAUGACAGGCCACCUUUCACCCAGCUAGCAGGCAUGCUGGACAGACUCCCUAAACUCAACCGCAGACUUUCUCACCCUGGACACUGGAAAACAACAGAAAAAGCUGAAAUUUUAUGAAGCUAAGAGGAACCAUGACACCAUCAGUCAACGAAAAUGCUGUAAAUAGUGUUUUUUAAAGAAAUGUGAAAAAUGUAAAGCUGGCCUGCUGAUGAUCAAAUGAUAUAUAUGUACAUACUUAGACUGUUUUUCGUGUGACUACUGUUUUAUUUUGAGGAAAGAAUGAAUAAUGCAUCAAGUAAAUGCAUUUUUUCUACUUUAACUGGCAAAUUAGGCACUAUCUUUGCUUUUUCUUCUGAUACGUGAUAGUGUUUAUCACAGUCUGUAAUGUACUGCAUUUCUCUUGUAUUUCUGCGUUUCCAUUCUCCUUUUCUUCUGUCUCCAACUUCCUCUUCUCUGGCUGUUGCCUGAUUCACCUUGGCCUGUUCCUGUUGUGCAUCAUCUCCUGACGGCUUUCUUUGGGUCCUGCAUUUCCAUCUUUAUCUAUGAUCUUGUUUCCUUAUCUUUCUAUUUGCUUACUUGUUUUCCAACAUUCCUGUCUGUCUCCUGGGUCCACUCCUAUUUUAGUUAAGGCCACUGGAAAAUCAUGAAUGCCUGAGACAUCACUGACAUCAGCAUAUCACUAAGUUACGCAGUGAGAGCUUGUUAAAUUGACUGAAAAUAUGAUAUGAAAGAUGUAGCUCUGACAGAUUUCCUAUAAGAUCUGAUAUUAUGCAUGCACUAGCCAAAAUUUGUAUUCUAGAUGAAAACCAGCAGUUGAAACCUUUUAAGUUCAGGGAUGUCACUUCUGCUCACGAGUUUGGAAGCCCUUUCAAAAUGUAAUUGAAAUGAAUGAAGAUUAGAGAUUAUAGAUUAUAAGUAAAUGAGGAAGUAAUUUCGGACACCACUGAAGACAGUGACAUCAUAAUACCUGGGUCUAAAAAUGCUUUAUCUCUUUUCCCUUGAUUAACCUGUGUGCCUACUUUCCCCCCACAUUUCUAACUCCCAACCUUCAGUGAAUGUAAUUCUUCUUAUGUAUGUUUAAAUGUGAGUGUAGGCAUAGUCUCAUGGCUAUUUGAGUUAUCUGCGUAGUUAACUAAGAGCUGCUGGUUUCAGCUCUUAGUUAAUUUAAAAUACAAUUUACUUCAAGGGUUCCACCAGAGUUUAGUGAGGGUCAGUUCACAAUAUACACACAGUAAAUUUUUAAGUUACUUAAUAGAAAAAGUGUUGUGCUUAUAAAUAUACAUUGAUUAUUAUGUAAUUAUGAUGCAGUCUCAUAAACUUAGAAUUAGUCCAAUAAAAUACAUCAGCGCAGAUUUCUUCUAAUCUUCUUCUAAUCUUGAGUUGUUGAUUUAGUUUUUUCCAGAGUUUAUUGUCCUACAGCAGCCACCAUAGCUACCAUUAGGUACUUGAAUUGGAAGAGAAGAAAACAAAAUUCAGUUGGCUGCAAUCUAGUGACAUCUAGUGGAGAGAAACCGAUAGUUCUUUGCAGAAACUGCUUUUUGGGUUUGGUUUUUUUGUUUGUUUGUUUGUUUAUUUGUUUUUUUACAAAUUUUCUACACACUGAAGAAUAUGAAUAUAAAUAUAAUUUUAGCAUUAACAGUCGGACUCAAACAGUCUCUCAGUCUACCACUGUUCUAAUGUGGAAUUUCUGCCUCUUUGAUUCAUAAUAUAUCUCCAAAACUGAAAGUGUUUGGCUAGACUGAGUUCACUUUAGUGCAAAAGGCACCACAGAAGUCAUUCACCUCUCUACCAAAGUAAUAAAUAUCACAGACAGAUAUGAGUUACUAUUUAUGUUCCACUUUGACACAAUGAAAGAUAAAGAUGAUUGAACUGACCCUUGGAAAAACGAUUCCCUCAAAAUAACAACUUUGCUUUUUUUUAUUUCUGUUGCAAUUUUAUAAGAUUCCCUGAAGCUAUGAAAUAGCUAAGUAGUUAUGAAUAGAUGACGAAUGUUGUGGUAUCGAAACCACGAUAGAAAGACACUGCAGUGCUCCAACAACACUUGACAGAAUGCAGCUGUCGCACACUGCCACCUGAUUAGUCAUCAUUAAUUUAUCAGAGGGCAAACUACUGAGUGAUACCACCCACAGUGGAAUAUAAGAAGAGAUACAAGUUAUCUGUCUACUUUAACUUCUUAUAGGACAACAGUAAGCGGAAGCACUGUAAUAGAAAGAAUGUUUUCAUUAUAGUAUAAGGAAGAUUGUGACAAGAAGCAGUGCACCCUUGCGCAAUUUGUAUUAGUGAGAAAGACAUGGCUGUUGUGUUUGUGAGUUUUAUUUCCUCAGGCUGGACUAAAAUGUACAUUCACCAAAAGUGUUUAUAUGUAAUGGUUUCACCAGUAGAGCAAAGCCCAAUCUAUGAUGAGAAAAUUUAACUAAUGCAUAUAUGUAAAUACAGUAUUUUACUGCACGUUGUAUUUAAUACACUUCUCUCAUGUUUGUGCAAGGGUUGAGUUUUAAAAUGUUUUUGUUGGUACUAUAUUUAUGUAUGAGACUGUUGUUGGUGGAUUGUUUUCCUUUUCUUGUUUCCAUUUUUCUGUUUUUUGUUGAUACUUUCAAGGCUUUUUGUCUGAACAAUUUAAGACAUUAAACCUGAUAUUUUGAUAAGUGA